GACAGUGAAUGGGCUGCUUAAGCUUAUAACAAUAUAAUGCUGGCAGCACACAUUAAAAAAGCUAAUCUGUCAACUCAAGUGUCAACCCUGGCAACACCGUCAUUCGGCCAUUUGUAAUUUUGUCCCGCACAGUGUUUGUGCGUUUAGUUUUGUCCUUAAAUUUCACUCGAAGUCCCUAACCACUUCACGAUGGGUAGGGAGGACAAAGCCACCUGGAAGGGAAACUACUUCGCUAAGAUUGUCCAACUCCUGGACGAGUACCCCAAAUGUUUCAUAGUGGGUGCAGACAAUGUGGGCUCCAAGCAGAUGCAGCAGAUCCGCAUGUCGCUGCGCGGGCACGCCAUCGUGCUCAUGGGCAAGAACACCAUGAUGCGCAAGGCCAUCCGCGGCCACCUCGAGUCCAACCCCGCGCUCGAGAAGCUGCUGCCCCACAUCAAGGGCAAUGUCGGCUUCGUCUUCACCCGUGGAGACCUCGUUGAUGUCCGUGACAAACUUCUGGAGAACAAGGUGCGUGCCCCGGCUCGUGCUGGUGCCAUCGCUCCUCUGUCCGUCAUCAUUCCUGCCCAGAACACUGGUCUUGGUCCUGAGAAGACCUCUUUCUUCCAGGCUCUGUCCAUCCCAACCAAGAUUUCCAAGGGUACGAUUGAAAUCAUCAACGAUGUGCACAUCUUGAAGCCUGGUGACAAAGUGGGUGCUUCCGAGGCUACCCUUCUUAACAUGUUGAACAUCUCGCCCUUCUCAUACGGUCUUAUCGUUGAGCAGGUGUACGACUCAGGCACCAUCUUUGCUCCUGCCAUCUUGGACAUCAAACCCGAGGACCUCCGCUCCAAGUUCCUGGAAGGAGUUGCCAAUGUUGCUGCCCUCUCUCUGUCCAUCGGCUACCCAACCAUCGCUUCUGCUCCUCACUCCAUCGCCAACGGAUUCAAGAACCUGCUGGCCAUCGCCGCCGUCACCGAGGUUGAGUUCAAGGAAGCCACUACCAUCAAGGAGUUCAUCAAGGAUCCUUCCAAGUUCGCUGCUGCCGCUGUAUCGGCCGCCCCGGCCGCCGCAGCCCCCGCUGCCGCCAAGAAGGAAGAGAAGAAGGAGGAGGAAGAUGAGCAGAGCGACGACGACAUGGGCUUCGGUCUGUUCGACUAAGCUGGUGCUCGGGCUCACCUGGCUGCGCGCAGCACUGGCGGCGUAGGCUGAGGUCCGCGGCCGGGACGGACAAACCCAAUGGCGGUCGACCAACAUGUUUAUGCCUAAAGUGAUGUGAAUAAAGCCACUAUGGAAUAAAA